ACGUUGAGCACAAUAGAGGUUAGGUAUCCUCCAGUAAUAACACAUGACGGAAUCGCCAACUUGUGGAGUGAAUCAUCAGCCAUACACUGAUAUGAAACCAGUGGAUCACGAGACUCUCCCCGGAGUCUGAUCUCGUCUGUGACACACGUUACAAGUGUCAGAAAUGCGGUAACAACAAAGAAGAGCGUCUAUUGUUAUCCUUGGUUAUAUUUUUAAUUCGAACAUUGUUGAUGAUUUUUAAGUAUGACGACGUUAACUAGUGUGUAAACAUGAAGGAAUGAGGAAAAUAAGUGCGUAUUCGGCCAUUGGGAGUUAUUAUUGUCACAAAAACGUCAUGACAGUUGUCUGAGAGGUUAAGAAUAGCUCCCGAAUUGUUGUAAUAAAUCAUCUGGGAGUCAGAAAAAAGUGGACACGAUGGACGGAAGGACGAAUCCUGCGGAAAAUGACUACACGGAGAUUGUCCAGCGUCUCACGAAAAAACAGAAAUUGGCAUAUGGAGUGGGACACAUACUGAAUGACAUUUGUGCUUCUAUGUGGUUCACGUACUUGAUUGUUUUCUUUCAUUAUGUACUUGGAUUUGAUCCUGUGUUCUCGGGAUUGAUUUUAUUCAUUGGACAAAUUGCUGAUGCAUUCGCAACGCCUUUUGUUGGACUGCAGUCCGACAAAGAUGAUGAUUUUUGGCUGUGCAGGUAUGGAAGGAGGAAAACGUGGCAUUUACUGGGAACCUUCUGUGUAUUGUUCUCCUUCCCAUUCAUAUUCUCAAAGUGCAUCAAUUGUGAAUAUGCAGAACAUGGAGCCCAGUUGGUCUACUACUCUGCCUUCGUUAUUAUUUUCCAAUUCGGCUGGGCUUCCGUGCAAAUAUCACAUUUGUCAUUAAUACCGGACUUGACGCCUACCGAGCACGAAAGGACAGAGCUCACUGCUAUCAGAUACAUGUUUUCAGUAUUUGCCAAUAUAUUUGUUUACGUCGUUUUUUGGGCGGUGUUACAUAUCACGAGUGACGAUCCAGGAACUCAACAAAUAAGCACAAAUGACGCUCCAAAGUUUCAAAAUAUUGCUUUAAUUGGGAUAACGAUUGGAUCGAUAACUUCGAUUAUUUUUCAUAUGUUUGUUACAGAAAUUCAGCAUUCACCAACAGGUCCACUGAGAAGGGACUUGAGACCCGCCUCAUCCUUCCUGAAAGAUCCUAAAUUCUACCAGGUGGCAUCUGUCUACAUGGCCUGCAGACUAUUCGUCAAUAUAGGACAGACUUACAUGCCUCUCUACCUCCACGAGAGUUUGUUGAUGCCAGCCACUUCCCUGGCUGUGAUACCCCUCAUCAUGUACCUGAGCAGCUUCAAGUGGUCCCUGGUCAUUGGAAAACUCAAUACGAAAUUGGGUCGAAAGUGGGCGUAUCUGAUUGGCGUGAUUCAGGGCUUAGCAGCGUGUGUCUGGAUAUACUUGGGUCAUGGCAAAUUUUACACUAAUUAUGCGAUUUAUCCAGUGGCACUUCUAUUAGGUGGCGGAGGAUCUGUGAUGUUGGUUACGAGCCUUGGUGUGACAGCCGAUCUAAUCGGUCCGAAUACUGAAUCCGGGGCGUUCGUAUAUGGUGCUAUGAGUUUCACCGAUAAACUGUGUAAUGGGAUUGCUGUUAUGAUUAUUCAGUACACAAAACGUUGUGCAGUCGGAUGUCCCAAUUACUACCGAGACGUUCUGAGCUUCGUCUGUGGUGGAGCUGCGAUUUUCUCGGUCAUAAUGAUAUUUAGUAUUAAACGAAGCGUCGGAAAUAACGAAAUCGAAGCUACUCCAGAGUACACUACACUGGUAGCAGAGCCCAGCUUCGAAACUGAUGUCGAGAUAGCCCCUCCCCACGUAACUUCUGCUAAUCCAGAAGUUGACAGUAUCUCUCGACAAUAACUAAAUCGAGUGCAAAGGGGGAACUGAAUCUGUACCUAAUACAACUUAAAAUUGAUAUUAACUUGUUUCAAAGGAACACUAAAGAGAAAUGUAAUUUUCUAAAAAAAAAUUAAUAAAAAAUUCAGGAAUAA